AUGGACGCGUCGCUGACGUCCCGCCUCCUAACGGAACUUCUGCCGCCGGACGUCGCGCUCUCGGUGCGCACGCACCUGCUCAACCCCCGCGCCCCUUUCCAGAUAUACAAGCAGGCGGCGGUCGCGCAGGCGCAGGCGUGGCUCGCGUCGCUGGCGCCCGUGGUGCAACCGCUCGCGGACAGGGUGCUGGCCGUGGCCGUCGAGAACCAGGGCGUGACGGGGCUCGUGGCGCUGCUGUGCGUGGUGACGGCCACGGUGGUGGUGAUGAACUGGGUGCGGAGGCUGAUAAUGUGGUGGACGCGGCUGGUGAUGCGGGUCGUGUUCUGGAGCGCGGCCGCGGCGCUGCUGGCCUGGGUGUGCAACAGGGGCGUCGUGGAGAGCGUGACGGAUGCCGUUGUGCUUGGGGGCAAGGUUGUUGGGUAUCUGAGUGUUUUGAAGGACUUUUGGUGGCAGGAGUAUGAGCGGUAUGAGGCGAGGGAGGGGGGGAGUAGUGGCUAUGGCGAGGGGAGGGGGAGAUGA